UACGUGUUUAACACCCGAGCACAUUUAAUCGAAGGACUUGAAAAAUGCCAUUAGCUCCGCUCAACAACGCGGCUAGUGCAAAUUUGGGGGAAACCUUACGUAGUGGCGGUUUCUUUCGGCUUGUUUUGAGCCGGCUGCAGGAUGCCUCCUUGGAGAAGAAGAGCCUUGACGAGGCUCACCAUUAAAGACAUACUUUGACGGAGAGCGUGUUCGAAACGUCACCAAAAGCAUCGUUUGCAUCGUGUAUUUUUAACGACAACAAGUACCUCGUUCCAGAGAUCAUCAGGCUGUGAUCCAAACUGUAUCACAGGGAUGCCUAAUGCCAGCGCGAGGCCAAAGCACGGUGGCAGGAGAACCCGCAGGCGGCGCAGAGAGGACCCAGCCAGGAACGAAUUGGUGUCCAGCUCCCUGGAAAGCGCCCAGCAGUGCCUCUUUAGCCAGGACUAUGGCCCUGCGUUUGUGCACUAUCUCCUGGUCCUCAACCUGGCGCCUGAGUUCAAGGACUUUGCCAGGGAGUCCUUCCGCUUCACGCUCUUUAAGUGGGCCGAGGAGCUGGACUCGGCGGGCCGCAUUCAAGAUCUCUUCGGCUGCUAUGAGCAAGCACUGGAGCUCUUCCCUGCAGACGAGGUCAUUCUGAACAGCAUGGGCGAGCACCUCUUCAGAAUGGGUUUCCGUGAUGAAGCGGCAGGACAUUUCUUCAAAGCCCUGAAGCUGAAGCCGGACUACCCAGAAGCCAGGGAGAACUUCUACCGGGUGGCCAACUGGCUGGUGGAGCGCUGGCACUUCCUCAUGCUCAACGACCACGGGCGCAACCGCAAGUACCAGCAGGCCAUCCAGAAGGCGGUGCGUGGCGGCUGCACUACCGUACUGGACAUAGGUACUGGGACUGGGAUCCUAGGCAUGUGCGCUAAGAAGGCGGGGGCCGCCGAGGUGUACGCCUGCGAGCUUUCCAAGACCAUGUACGAGCUGGCCUGCGAGGUGGUGGCGGCCAACGGGAUGGACGGAGGCAUCAAGAUCCUCCACAUGAAGUCUCUGGAAAUGGAAGUGCCAAAGGACAUCCCGCACAGGGUGUCGCUGGUGGUGACGGAGACGGUAGACGCUGGCUUGUUUGGAGAAGGCAUCAUCGAGAGCCUCAUCCAUGCCUGGCACCACCUCUUACUGCCUCCACAGAGUGCGGAGAGUGCAUCCAGGGACCCCUCUGCAACUGGUAGGGUCAUCCCCGCCGGAGCCACUGUAUUCGCUAUGGCUGUGGAGUGCUUGGAGAUCCGUCGGCAUAACAAGCUUUGUGUGUCCGAGGUGGGCGGUCUGUCAGUGGCGACGGCCGAGCAGCUGCGCAGUCCGGUGAGCUGCAGCACCGAGCCGGAUGACUCCAUGGAGCCGUACACCACCGAGAGACUCAGCAGGCUGCCCGGAGGCUACACGGCCCUCACUGAGCCGCUCACCGUACUCCACAUCGACUUUAACAACGUGCAGGAGUUGGAGGGUCUGAGCUCCAGGCCGGUGCAGCGGGUGCGCCUGCCGGUGGUGCGGGAGGGCGAGCUGGACGCCCUGGCCUUGUGGUUCCAGCUGCACCUGGACGAAGAGAGCAGCUUGUCUACUGGACCCCAUGAGGACACCUGCUGGGAGCAAGCCAUCUACCCCGAGCACACCAGCAAGGGUUUUCUCCUAAAAGGCGGCGACGAGCUGAUCGUGGAAGUGUCCUGCCGGGAUGCCUACUUGAGGCUGUGCAGCGUCGCCGUGCUGCGAGCCGGCCGGGAGAUCGGUCUUGGCGCACGACCGGACCCUCGCGACUCCAGCGGCUUCGUUCCCAACCCGGAAGCGGAGUUGUGCAGCGCCCUGGCGUCGCUCCAAACGCGCCGACGCCCAGACGUCUGCGUACUGGAGUGCUCGGAAAUGGCGCUCUUGAACAACUCGGACUACCAUCGGAGUUUUGCCGCCACCUUGUCCAAACUCAUUAGCCAGUUGAAGGCCGAAUCCAGAAUCCUGGAGGACCCUGCCGGAGUGCCGACGAAAGAACCCUUCCCCGUGGACCCUCUGUACGUUCUGGACGUGUCGGAGGGCUUCUCCCUGCUCUCUCUCAUCGCCGCCAGCUACGGCGGGGUGAAGGCCUACAGCUCGGUGGAGAAGAGCAAGCAACAGGAAGCGCUCCAACGCAUGGCGCACGCCAACGGCGUACCGGAGGGGAGCUUGGCGUUCUGGCUCAACCACAGCGAGGACGAGCAAGGGGUGCUGCAGAGGCCCUCGCGGGAGAAACUGUGGAGCGCCAUCUUCCUGGACUGCGUGGAGACGUGCGGACUCGUCAGGCAGAAGCUGAUGGAGAAGGCGUCUCUGGCCAGAUGUCUGCUGGAGCACGGCGGUCGCGUCUUCCCGUACAAAAUGGUGGUGCUCGGCUUGUUGGUGGAGUCGGACACGCUGCUGCUGGAGAGUGCCGUCCAAGGCCGCGAGGCCACGCUCGAUUUCAACAUUGCGCCUUUCAUCAACCAGUUCACUGUUCCGGUCCACGUGUUCCUGGACUUCUCCACGUUGGCAUGUCGACACCUCAGCAAGCCGGUCGAGCUCUUCGUUCUGGACCUCAUGGACGCUAACGCUAACUACGAUAACAGGGAGGUCCAGGUCCAGACGACAUUGUCGGGCAGAAUCACAGCGGUACCCUUCUGGUACGACAUCCACCUGGAUGAGAACAUUCGCGUCAGCACACUGGCCCCAAACUCGCACUGGAAGCAGGCCGCCGUGGUCCUGCAGCGCCCCCUAGAGGUGACGGCCGGAGAGUGGGUCCGGCUGGCCGUCAAGCUCCACAACAGCAGCAUCUCCAUAGAGGUGCGAAGAGACGGGUGAUGUUGGAACAGUGUGGACUAGUUCAUUAUAAAUUUGUAGCAUGAAUGGCUUUAAACCGUGCCAUAAGGUCUUUUGUUACGUCCUUGUCUAAAACUUGCAACAAAAAGCUGCAUUUUAUCAAUAAAUGCAAGAGGGAAAUAA